UCAGUUCACGAAGUGUACACAAACCAAAUGUAUACAUCUUCUGCUCUGUAAACUUGUGCGUUGUCACGAGAUCCCUUGAAAAAUAUACAGUGCAGUUUAAUAUAAUUAUAUUAUAUAAUUUAAUAAUUAUAAUAAUUAGUCAUAAAUAGUAACAAUGCGUGUUAGAAAAAAGCUUUGGCCAAAAACCAUUGGGGACUUUAUGUCCAUGCUAUUCUUAUUAAUAAUUGUGCCAUUGAUUUAUUGGUUUGAACUGUGGAUUGUUCUACCAGAGCUUUACACACCUGGAACUUCAGCAUACUAUCUACAUUUCUGUUUUGGAACUUUUAUUAUGAUAAACAUUGUUGGAAAUAUCACUUUCACAUUUUUAUCUGAUACUAGUUCUGAAGGGGUAUUAAUUCCUUCUCCUGAGCAAAAUGCUGAAAAUGGAUGGAGAUUUUGUUCUGUAUGUGUUGAAGUUCAUCCACCCCGUUCUUGGCAUUGCAAUACUUGUAAAACCUGCAUUUUGAAAAGAGAUCAUCAUUGUAUUUUUACUGGAUGUUGCAUAGGACAUUUCAAUCAACGAUAUUUUUUGAUGUUUAUCCUCUACAUAUUUAUAGGAGCUUUGUAUUCAUUAAUUUAUAACAAUCAUUUCAUUUGGAACAGGAUAGAGUUUGAAUUUCCAAUAAGUAUUAUAAAAAUAAUGUUUCCUUUGGCAAUAUUUGUAUUUGGUUUUGAUGAUUCAAUAGAGCAUUUUUAUCUUAUGUUAUAUAUUGUAACUAUAGUUGGUAUGCUAUUUUCUGCAAAUCUUUGCAUUUAUCAUUUCAACUCUGUGUUAUUAGGUUGCACUGCUAAUGAAAAAAAUAAAGGUAUUUACAAGUAUAGUUUUAGUUACAUAGAUAAUAUUAAGGAAGUUUUUGGAGAAAGGUGGUACUUAACAUGGAUACUUCCUUAUGUACAUUCAAAACUACCUCACAAUGGUACUGAUUUUGAAGCGAAUCCAAAUGUAAUUAGCAAUCGUAAAAAUAGAUAAUGUGAAAAAUAAAUUUAAAGUAAAUUAGUACAUUUUUUUGUAAAUGUAUAAAAAACGAUAGUCAAUUUAUAAAAACUCAAUUAUGUAAUUAUAAGCUCAUAACUUAUUUUGUACAGUGAACAAAUCAUUUUAUAAAAAAAUUUGUUUGUUAAUAAAAUAUUUAUGACCAAUGUAUUUCUAAAAAUGUAAUACUAUGUAACUUGCACUGAUAGUUUUUUA